UCUCACUGUGAAACUGCCUCUUGGAACAAGACUGAAGAGGGUAAAAGCUCUGGGUAAAGAUGGUGUAGUUGGGAGGGCGCUCACAACAACAACCCCAGAUGCAGUGUUGGUGCAGAUAUCAACACCAGCAAACACGGAUUCCAUCUUUGAAGUGACGUAUUUUGACUCCACUGGGGAAAUGUCAACGAUGCUGGCGGAUUGUUUCAGUGCAGUAACUCAAAGUGGGCGGGAUCGUCACCCAAGAGCUGUGAAAGAACCAGACCAGUGGGCGCUUUGGGACUUUGAGGAGGUUUCUCUUGAACAGUUCAUUCCAGGACCGACAUCGACUCCAUGUAAUGAAGAAGGCACGACAGCAGUAACAACGCAGGUGACGUUUGCUGACUCUCAAAUCUUUGAGUUGUGGGGAUUUGAUGAAAUUCCUGAUGGACCGUACACUGGCGACCAAACCACAGCUCCUCACACCACAUCAGCAUCCUGUGCUACCUCAACGAUCAGCACAACAACCAAGACCAGUGCCGCUACCACUACAAGCGAUGCCCCGACGACCACGUCACCAUCCUGUGCUACCUCAACGACCAGCAUCAGCACGACAACCAAGACCAGUGCCGCUACCACAAGCGCUGCCCCGAUGACCACGUCAACAUCCUGUGCUACCUCAACAACAACCACGACCACCACCAGCGCCGCCCCUACCGUCACCCAAACCAGCAGCGCUGGCCCAACCAGCACUAGCGCCGCUCCAACAACGACGACGACCACCAGUGCCGCUCCGACGACCACCACCAGCCCUCCAACCACCAGCGCCGCCCCUACCGUCACCCCGACCAGCAGUGCCGGCCCGACCAGCGCCGCCCCUACCGUCACCCCAACCAGCACCACCAGCGCCGCUCCUACCGUCACCCCGACCACCAGCGCCGGCCUGAUCAACACCACCAGCGCCGCCCCUACCGUCACCCCGACCAGCGCCGCUCCAACAACAACGACGUCGACGACCACCAGCGCCGCUCCGACGACCACCACCAUCAGCGUCACCCCAACCAGCAGCGCUCCUACAGUCACCCCGACCAGCAGCGCCGGCUCGAUCAGCACCACCAGCGCCACCCCGACCAGCAGCGCCGGCCCGACCAGCACCGCCCCUACCAUCACCCCGACCAGCAGCGCCGGCUCGAUCAGCGCCGGCCCGAUUAGCACCACCAGUGCCGCCUCUACCGUCACCCCAACCAGCAGCGCAGCCCCUACCGUCAGCACCACCAGCACCGUCCCUACCGUCACCCCGACCAGCACCACCAGCGCCGCCCCUCCCGUCACCCCGACCAGCACCAUCAGCGCCGCCCCUACCGUCACCCCGACCAGCACCACCAGCGCCGCCCCUACCGUCACCCCGACCAGCACCACCAGCGCUGCCCCUCCCGUCACCCCGACCAUCAGCGCCGGCCCGAUCAGCACCACCAGCGACGCCCCUACCGUCACCCCGACCAGCACCACCAGCGCCGCCCCUACCGUCACCCCGACCAGCAGCGCCGGGCCCGACCAGCACCACCAGCGCCGCCCCUACCGUCACCCGACCAGCACCACCAGCGCCGCUCCUCCCGUCACCCCAACCAGCAGCGCCGGCCCGAUCAGCACCACCAGCGCUGCCCCUACCGUCACCCCGAUCAGCAGCGCCCGGCCCGAUCAGCACCACCAGCGCCGCCCCUCCCGUCACCCCAACCAGCAGCGCCGGCCCGAUCAGCGCCUCCCCUACCGUUACCCCGACCACCAGCACCGGCCCGACCAGCACCACCAGCGCUGCCCCUACCGUCACCCCGACCAGCACCACCAGCGCCGCCCCUCCCGUCACCCCGACCAGCAGCGCCGGCCCGAUCAGCACCACCAGCGCCGCCCCUACCGUCACCCCGACCAGCAGCGCCGGCCCGAUCAGCGCCUCCCCUACCGUCACCCCGACCACCAGCGCCGGCCCGACCAGCACCACCAGCGCUGCCCCUACCGUCACCCUGACCAGCACCACCAGCGCCGCCCCUCCCGUCACCCGACCAGCAGCGCCGGCCCGACCAGCAGCGCCCGCCCCGACCAGCACCACCAGCACCGCCCCUACCAUCACCCCGACCAGCACCACCAGCGCCGCCCCCCGUACCAUCACCCGGCCCGACCAGCACCACCAGCGCCACCAGCACCCCCUACCCCCGACCAGCACCACCAGCGCCGCCCCUCCCAUCACCCGACCAGCAGCGCCGGCCCGAUCCAGCACCACCAGCGCCGCCCCUACCGUCACCCGACCAGCAGCGCCCAGCACCACCAGCGCGCCCCCGACCAGCACCACCAGCCACAGCGCCGGCCCAAUCAGCACCACCAGCGCCGCCCCUACCGUCACCCGACCAGCAGCGCCGGCCCAAUCAGCACCACCAGCGCCGCCCCUACCGUCACCCCGACCAGCAGCGCCGGCCCGACCAGCACCACCAGCCCCGCCCCUACCGUUACCCCGACCAGCACCACCAGCGCCGCCCCUCCCGUCACCCCGACCAGCAGCGCCGGCCCAAUCAGCACCACCAGCGCCGCCCCUACCGUCACCCCGACCAGCAGCGCCGGCCCGACCAGCACCACCAGCCCCGCCCCUACCGUUACCCCGACCAGCACCACCAGCGCUGCCCCUCCCGUCACCCCAAGCAGCAGCGCCGGCCCGAUCAGCGCCUCCCCUACCGUUACCCCGACCACCAGCACCGGCCCGACCAGCACCACCAGCGCUGCCCCUACAGUCACCCCGACCAGCAGCGCCGGCCCGAUCAGCACCACCAGCGCCGCCCCUACCGUCACCCCGACCAGCACCACCAGCGCCGCCCCUCCCGUCACCCCGACCAGCAGCGCCGGCCCGAUCAGCACCACCAGCGCCGCCCCUACCGUCACCCCAACCAGCACCACCAGUGCCGCCCCUCCCGUCACCCCGACCAGCAGCGCCGGCCCGACCAGCACCACCAGCGCCGCCCCUACCGUCACCCCGACCACCAGCGCCGCCCCAACAACCGCCUCAAACUCGACUGCCUCAACCACCACCACCAGUUCCUCGACGACCACCACCUGCGCCCAGACAACAACCGCUGCCCCGACAACAACCAGCACCACCAGGGCCCCGACGACGACAACCAGGGCCACAACAACCACCACCUGCGCCGAUGAGUAACAGCACCCCUAGAAUAGUGAUGCCUCCCUCACUGUAUUGUUUGUAAUAAACCGAAGCUUUGUUAUAUCA